ACCCGAAGAAAAAAGAAAGAGAACCCAGCCAUGCCUUGGAAAAUUGGUAAGGAAGCUUGGUAUUUUUCCCUUCCUUUCUUCUUCUAGAACCCAGAAUUUCUCCCCCCCCUGCAGGAAGCUUCUGGAUCUGCUCUGCUCUUCCCUCUGCUGUCCGCCGGCUGUUCCUGUUUGUGGGGGUGAAUUGCUCGGUUUUUUUGCUUGCCACCGGCCUCUUCCCCCCUGCAGCUCCGGUUUUAGCUGGAGAAUUAUGGAAUAGCAUCGGGAUUAGGAGUGAUCUUAAUGAUGAUUUCAGUUUGAAUUUGUGAUAGUCCGGUAUUAAUUUUGAGGUGUUUUGAUUAGGUUCCCGAUCGUUCUGUCAGUUAGCACUGAGAUUGAGUGCUCGGUUUUAUGCGAGUGAGGUAAGUAAAUUUAUGGUAAUGCCCGUACUGUUUUUAAAAGCAUGUUUUGAUUUGUUUAUGAAGUGGUGGCGGGACUAAACCCAUUUUACACGAGCAUGACUGAUUUGAAGUGAAAUGUUUAUGUUUUUCAUUAAAUUGAGCAUGCCUACUUGAAAGUGAUUGUGAAUUGUCCUGAUGAUUUGAAAGUGAUAGUGAAUUAUGAUUUUUCUGUUCCGAUGUGGUCAUGUUAUUAGUGACCUUGCUAGUGGGGGAGGUUAUAAACGCUAGCACAUGUCGACAUGUUAGUGAUAGAGCCGGUUCGUUCAGUGGCCCUGCUAGUGGGGAUUAUACGCUAGUAAUCGUGUGCCUGCCAGUGGGAGGAAGCGAAACCGAGGAUGUGGAAACGAUGGGAAGUAACGAGUUAGAAGGCUAGCCACUUGUAAAUUGAGCAUAGCUUUAGAUAAAUCAUGAUCUUGUAA